AUGGCCGAGAAGAUUGCGAUUGACAAAAACAACUUUUUCAAUCACUUGUCCACCCUGUACGCAUCAUGGAAGGCCGACAAGCGAUCAGGCAACACCCUUUUUGGGGGCGCGGGCUCCAUGUUCUGGCUUCUUGGCUACGAGUUUCCGGCUACCCUGUUAGUUCUGACGACCGAAGCGAUUUAUGUGGUCACUACCGCCAAGAAAGCCGAUCUCCUCGAGCCUCUGAAAGGAGGAAAGAUUCCUCUUGAACUCCUAGUGGUCACCAAGGACCCCGAAUCCAAGGCAAAGGCGUUUGAGAAGUGUAUCGAGGUUAUUAAGGGUGCGGGUAAGAAAGUUGGCACCCUACCGAGAGACACGACGACCGGUCCCUUCGCCGAUGAUUGGAAGCGCGCCUUUGGUGAAAUCUCUAAAGAUGUGGAGGAAGUCGAUAUGAACCCAGCUCUGUCAGCUGCUUUCUCAAUUAAGGAUCCAGAGGAGCUCGUCUCCAUUCGCAACGCUUCCAGAGCUUGCAGUGGCCUUAUGUCAGAGUUCUUCGUCGACGAGAUGUCUCGACUACUGGACGAGGAGAAGCAGAUGACGCACAAGGCUCUCGCUGGCAAGGUGGAGGCGAAGAUCGAUGAUGCUAAAUUCUUCAACAAGCUUGCCCGUUUGCCUGCGGAGUUCGAUGCUGAGCAGAUUGAUUGGGCUUACGGUCCAGUCGUCCAGAGUGGAGGAGCAUACGACCUCAAGCUGACCGCGACCCCUGAUAGCAAGAAUCUCGCGGCAGGAAUCAUCCUUUCAAGUUUUGGUAUUCGUUACAAGACGUACAACUCCCUCAUCGGCCGCACAUACUUGGUGGAUCCCAGCAAAGCCCAGGAGGCCAACUAUUCUUUCCUUCUGAGCGUCCAUGAGGCGGUCAUGAAGGAGAUUCGGGAUGGAGUCGUCGCCAAGGAUCUUUACAGCAAGGCUCUGAAUCUUGUCAAGUCGAAGAAGCCAGAGCUUGAAAACCACUUGAUCAAGAACAUCGGCUCCGGGAUUGGAAUCGAAAUCCGCGACGCAAACAUGCUCUUGAAUGCCAAGAACACUCGCGUGCUCAAGAACGGCAUGACCCUCGCGAUCACCAUCGGACUGACCGAUGUGAAGGACGCAUCUGCGAAGGGUGACGGUGUUUACUCCAUGGUCAUCACGGACACCGUUCGCGUCGGAGACACUGGACCUCAUAUCUUCACCAAAGAUGCUGGCAUUGACAUGGACUCCGUUUCCUUCUACUUUGGAGAGGAGCCCGAGAAGCCCGUCAAGGAGAAGAAGGAGGCCAAAUCUAGCGCAGCGGCUAGCAGAAAUAUGACACGCACAAAAUUGCGCGCCGAACGGCCUACACAGAGCAACGAGGGCGCCGAACAGCGUCGUCGUGAGCAUCAGAAGGAGUUGGCCACCAAGAAGACCAAGGAGGGUCUUGAUCGAUUUACUGGCACUACUGGAGACGACAACGGAGUGGCUCAGAAGAAAUUCAAGCGUUUUGAGUCCUACAAGCGAGACAACCAGUUACCUGCCAAGGUCAAGGAUCUCACGGUCUACGUGGACCACAAAGCUUCAACUGUCAUCGUGCCUAUUAUGGGCCGGCCAGUGCCAUUCCACAUUAACACCAUCAAGAAUGCUAGUAAGAGCGAUGAAGGUGAAUACGCCUAUCUUCGGAUCAACUUCCUCUCACCAGGUCAGGGUGUCGGUAGAAAGGAUGACCAGCCAUUCGAAGAUCCCAAUGCCCACUUUGUCCGCAAUCUGACAUUGCGCUCGAAGCAUAACGACCGUUUUGCCCAGGUGGCACAAGACAUUACUGAGCUUCGCAAGAAUGCUCUGCGCCGUGAACAGGAAAAGAAGGAGAUGGAGGAUGUCGUCGAGCAGGAUAAGCUUGUGGAAAUUCGAAACCGCCGUCCUGUGAAACUCCCUGAUGUCUACCUUCGUCCUCCUCUUGAUGGUAAGCGAGUGCCAGGAGAGGUGGAGAUCCAUCAAAAUGGUCUGCGAUACCUGUCCCCCUUCCGUAAUGAGCAUGUCGACAUUCUAUUCAGCAACGUGAAGCAUCUAUUCUUCCAGCCUUGUGCUCAUGAGUUGAUCGUUUUGAUCCACGUCCACCUGAAGACCCCCAUCAUUAUUGGCAAGAGAAAGACUCGUGAUAUCCAGUUCUACCGCGAGGCCACAGAAAUGCAAUUCGAUGAGACUGGCAACCGCCGUCGCAAGCACCGCUAUGGCGAUGAAGAGGAGUUUGAGGCCGAGCAGGAGGAGCGACGACGACGUGCUGCGCUUGAUCGUGAGUUCAAGGCCUUUGCCGAGAAGAUUGCGGAUGCUGGUAAGGAGGAGGGAGUGGAUGUUGAUAUCCCCUUCCGCGAGAUCGGAUUCACUGGUGUUCCAAACCGCUCCAAUGUUCUGAUCCAGCCCACUACGGAUGCCCUGGUUCAACUCACUGAGCCACCAUUCAUGGUGAUCACUCUGAAUGAGAUUGAGAUUGCCCACUUAGAGCGAGUACAGUUUGGCCUUAAAAACUUCGACCUUGUGUUCGUCUACAAGGACUUCCACCGUCCCCCCGUCCAUGUCAACACAAUCCCAGUUGAAGCACUGGAGAGUGUGAAGGACUGGCUUGACUCUGUGGAUAUUGCAUUCACUGAGGGUCCUCUCAACUUGAACUGGACCACCAUUAUGAAGACUGUUGUUAGCGAUCCCUAUGGAUUCUUCGCUGACGGUGGUUGGUCAUUCUUGGCAGCUGAGUCUGAUUCAGAGGGUGGCUCGGACGAAGAGGAAGAGUCAGCCUUUGAACUGUCUGAUUCUGAGUUGGCUGCUGCCGAUGAAAGCUCAGAGGAGGAUAGUGAAUUUGAUGAUGAUGCCAGUGCCGAUGCCAGUGAGGAUGAGGACUUCAGUGGAGAUGAAGAGAGUGGCGAGGACUGGGAUGAGCUGGAGAAGAAGGCCAGCCGCCAGGACAAAGAGGCUGCUAUGGAUGAUGAUGACCGUGGGACUAAGCGCAAGCGUUAA